CUCGCCUUCAACGGAUCAACUCGAAGUGGGAAACCGUUCGCCAUAGCAGAGAGCAGGAUGUGUUGACCGUAAACACACCCAAAUUCGUUCGCUAGCAAUAGAUAAUGACGAUUUUAGUGUGAAUAAUAGCAUUAAAGGCAACCGAAAGCCAUCCCAAACGCACAAACUAGCCGUAAGAAGUCGAAAUUUAGUGAUAAUUAGUGCAAAAAGACUGUUUAAAUUGUGAUUUCGUGGGUGACUAUAAAUAGAUGGGACAUUUUCUUAGCAGUUUUUUCUUCCUUGAUUACGAUCCGUUCAAGUGAAGCGCGCGCCGUUGUGAUUGGUUGAGUGAGUUCACGGGUAUCGCACGAGGGCCAGAGUGUGUGAGUAAGUACUGUUGCUGCAGUACUGUUACUGUUAUAUAUAGCGUCGCGUUUACGCACGGGAUGCAAUCGGCGCGGGUGUGUAUGUGUGUAUUCUGUGUUUUGUAAUGUCCUGAUGCUCAACAAAAACAAAACACGGCUAGUAAAUAUACAGCACGAUAACGGAAGGUGCAUUUCCAACGGUGUUUUCUAGUGUUAAACAAAACCGAAGCGUUUAUUCAAACCAUUUAGGGUUGGUCGCUCGGUCGCAAUGUAGAUUCUAAGUAGUGUAGUAAGAAGCAUACUGGAAGUCUCGUGAGCAGCAAAAUUUGUGAAGAAAAAAAACGUACAACAAUAACCACAACAACGUCAUCGAAAGCAAAACCCACAACGUUCAGCAGUGCUGAUAAAAUAGCAAAAACGCAAAAAGCCAAAACAACAUUCUGAGAUUGCAACGUAACGCACAACGUAAAACAAUACUCCCACUUCCACAAUGACUGAUUCGAACGAGCUGCUGCACCUGCGCCUUUUGCGGGAUGAGCUCGCCGAUCUUGACAUCGAAGACAUCCAGGACGAUCUGAUCAAUCGGGCCAUCUUCACCGGUGCAGAUUGCGCCGAACUCCUGGCGGAAAAGAAUGAAGACCAUCGGCUGGACUUGAUGUUCACCAUCUUGGAGCAUAAGUUGCACAGCGGUAAAAUCAUGAUUGUGAAGGACUUUCUAGCGACACUGGAACCCUUCUACAAGUGGAUCGUCGACCAGCACGAGGAAGACGUAAAGAAUGGAGUAACCGGACCGAUCAGUCGCUAUCUCUCCUACCGAAAUAGCGCCACACUGCCGAAUAUAGAUGAGUUGAAUGUUUACCGACGGCAGGAUCUAUGGCAAAUUCAGAAACAUCUCAAACAGUUGAAACACGGUGUUAAUGGCCAGCGGUAUCUGUUUGUAUGCGGAGGCUUUGGCACUGGAAAAUGGACUCUAGUCAAACAGGCAUGCGAAAACUAUUCGAUCGUCGAGCGAAUGGAUUUCAACAUUUUCUAUCUAAACCUUGCAAACUGCAAGGCGCCAGAACAGAUUCUUGAGUUGCUCGAAAAUCUGAGCAUCCAAAUGGAAACGGAUUACAAGUCGGAUGAUAUAACCUACAACGGUAAAUAUCCCACCAACGAGAUUCAGUUGCGGAAACGUCGCUUGCUUCAGCUGUUCGAGGAUCGCUUCCGCAACAGUCUGUUGAUUCUAUCGCAUGUACGCGAUCCCAGACUGAUAAACUCGUUCGAUCUGAAAUGCAAAACCUUGGUCAUCACCAGCAACCAGGAAGUGAUCAAAAGCGUCAACGAAAAUGAACGAUUCGUGUACCAAUUGCGUGACGGUUUUACAGAAAACGAGAGCAUGGAACUAUUCGGAAAAGCCCUCCGUUUGAAAUCUGACCACUUGCCAGCGGAAGCCCAUGAUAUUCAUCACACGUGUAAGGGGAAUCCAUUCGUCAUAAAAUUGAUCGCUCGCAAGAUGUCAGAGUAUGGUAGCGCCUACAAUAACGUCUCCAAUAAUGUUCCGGUGGUGAAUAUUUGGCGUAAGCUGGCGCUUGAUUUAAAGCAGGGGUCGCUAACUAUCGAAAACAUGACAAUCAAAUCCAUACUGGAAAACCUAAGCCCCGAAGAACAGGAGGCCUUUAAAAGUUUAGUCAUCUUCAGGGAUAACGUUAAGAUUCCUCAGAUUGUCCUACAACGCUACUGGAAACUGACGGCAGAGAAGACAGAAGCCCUAACCACUAAGUUGAUCAAUAAAGGACUUCUGGACAAGCGGUACUGGAAAGAUCAGCAGAUUGUUUACGUCUUGCACUAUGUGUGUUAUAACUUUCUACUAAAAGAAAACUCCGGUGAGAAACAUGCUAACCUCCAUCGCCGAUUGGUCGAAAGUUAUAGGAUUGACGAUGCACUCAACAAUCGCAAAGAGCUUGAUUUACUACAGUUUUUCCCAAACGACAACUACUUUCACUUUUAUAUCGCAAAUCAUCUAGAAAAAUCAGAAAUGUUUACAUUCUUUUCGAACUUAUUUUUGGAUUUCGGCUUCCUGGAGCAGAAGGUUCGCUACACUGGUCUGCCCAACACAGUCGGUGACCUGCGGCUGUAUCAGCAGUACAUUUUCAACGACGAGCGUGAUCCAGAAGCGUACGCUGAGGUGUUGAACGAGUUUCUUAUGGGUGCCGAAGUUCUUCUCUCGAAAUCUGCAGACACGUGUUUGCUGCAGUUGGCGCUCAACACACCCGGUUUGAUCGCUGAGAAGGCGGAACUACAAGCACUUCAGUUUAACAAUCGUGUUUGGUUUCGUGAUAUCGAUCACACUCAUCAGCACCAGUUGGUACUAAUCCGCAAACCACCGAUCAAGGUUCGAUUCCAAGAUUCGAGUUCCGCAUUGGUGAGCCUGGAUGACAACCAAAUCUCGCUGGUUGAUUUAUCACCGUGGUACUCAGCACCGGCAAUCAAUUUCCGAGGAAAUCAGGGCAGCGUGAAAGAAAUGCAUAUCGCAAAUCAGAUGCUGAUUGCUUUAGAUGAAGCUGGAUCGUUGAACGUGUGGUCCAUGAAAAAUGUUCCGUCGGAUCGAAACGCUAGACAACAUGAUUUGGGCAGCGGAAUCAUUCGAACCAAUAAUCAGAGCCUGCGACCACAAAAUGCAAGUGAUCGAUUUUCGAGUUUCUGUCUAGUGUCGAUGAAGAAUCCAUCAUCUACCGCCGCCGCUGGCAACGUAUGCGAAAUGUUUGCGAUAACCGAAAGCGGUUUUCUGUACAUCUACAGCGGCCUGAAUAUGUUCAGAGAAAACACGAAAUUCGAGACCAAAAUAAGUAAUACGUACAUCGUCAAACCAUUGAUAGACGAUCCGUCCCGAAUACCAAAAAUUCUACUGCUCACGGAAACUAACGUCGGUAUCAUUUUCAACCUUAACUCGACCAGCAUCGAGCACAGCUUCGAAGAACCUCGGGUGAUCGAUGUUCACUAUACAAAAAAUGCACUGGUUUUUGUUUCGUCCAACCAAAUCCGACUGCGUGAGCUCAAGCGCAAUAAUCGCUAUCGUCUUGAAGCCGACAACCCAGAGGUCAUCACCGAGACGCCAUCCCAAUAUCGUAUAACCUGUAGUGCCAUCUCCGAUGAUUACCAGUAUCUCGUCCUAGGUACCACCCAGGGUAUCUCGAUAUUCAGUAUUCAAGGUCAAUAUGAGGUACUGCGAACUAGCAUUAGCCACAGUAUUCUCGACGUUGAUAUCUACUCACUGGAUGAUGAUCAGUAUCGCUACAUACUGAUCUCGUCGUCCGAAGACAGCGGAAGUGUCAUCAACAUGUAUUCGUUGAUGGUAACUCCUUCCAACCAGCUGAUUAGCAACCAGUUUCAACUGCAGGGAAGUACCAGUUUUUUAGCGGAUCUCGAUCAUUCUCCAGUCACGAUAAAGACUGUAGAUCGUAAACGUAUCAUCCAAGAGUUACAGUACAGGGAUAAGGACGACUUCUACACGACGCAACUUGUGGAAAAUACACCUCUAAACAGCGAGGUGAAGCACUCUGUACGAAGCCGAUCGUGCUAUUACCUCGGUCUUAAAAAUGGUGAAGUAUUACGGCUCAACGAGUGGGCCAAUCCUGUCGAAGGACCACAACCGGAACUUGUUCUAAAUCUAGGUAAAACCAUCAACGUACUUAAGUACUACGAAAAACUGCAAGUCUUGGUGGCAGCUUCGGAGGACAACUGUAUCAUUCAUUACGAAGAGGAGUCUGAUCUGGAGAUCAAAGGAGAGGUCUGCGAGUGUUAUCUGUCGAAUGAUCACUAUUUGGUGCUGGUGUACGAAAAUUGUUCUAUAGAGAUCCUCAAUGUACAAACCAAGGAGAUUGAGUUCCAACUCGCUCAAAGCCUUACAUACGGAGCAUCAGUUUGCAACGAGCAAUACUUGAUCAUCUGUACGACCAAUGGUGCUAUUUAUCAACUAGGAUGCCACAUAGAUGGAAACCAUAAGCUAAACCCCCAGAAGCAACAUGUCUACGGGCAACCGGAAGAUGGUCGACCAAGAAGAAUUUCUAGCUGUUCCCUGUCUGCCCAUGGCGAGCUACUAGCCGUUGGCUACAAGCGAGGAGCCAUCGAGAUUUAUAACACAGAAGAACGUAAACUCAUCACGACGUUGGAGUCUCAUAAGUUCGCCGUCGCUUCGCUUUAUUUUAGCCCUUGGCAGGAUCCCAAUUGUCCGCAUAUUUUGGUCAGUGUAGGCGAGCAGAUUGUCUUUUGGAAUUUGGAUUACGUAAUCAAUAACCCUCGACUGGAUCCAACUGACUUCAAGCGACGCUCCAAUCGCUACAGGAGUCGAAGCUCGCUUACCUCACCCGCAAUCGAAAUUCACCGGUCAUCGCAUGGCAGUUCCGGAAUUGCAUCCCCACUGGCAGCGAGCCCCGCCCGAAACGGGUCUCUAAUCUUCGAUUUCAAUGAAGCCGGCCGCCAAUGGAUAAGCAAAAUCGGACCAUCCGACAAACCUCACCUGCUGAGCUCCAUCAAACUGAUUGGUUCGGCACAAAAACUGACCUACGAUAAAGAUUUCAGCAAAUUUUUCACCAUCGACGACGAAGGUUACCUCUAUUAUCUACGACUAUACGAACCAGGACGCGAACGUUCCAACCUAGCUCCACCGAACGGUUUGUUCCACAUCUGACUACCGACCCGAUGGGCUGCUCGAAUAGUGCUAACCUCAGUUUACUAUAUUCUAGUGUAUAUUUUCUACACUGCCAUGUUAAGAUAAAUCCGAACGUGCCAAUUUUUAUAGACUUCAUUCGAUGUAGAAAACAAAUCAAAACGGCAUUUUAGUUCGCUCGAGAGUUGGCAUGACUUAAGUGAGAGUAUGUAGCAUGUAAAAAGACACGCAACAACAAAGUGUGAUAAACUUUUUUUUGAAAGUGAGAAAAUUUAAAGGGAUAAAUUGUCAAAAUCGUUAGUCUAUUAGGCGGAACAAUUUUUAAUCAAAUUUUAGGCGAACGCAUUAGAAAAAAGAUAAAUAGUGAACAAAAUUUUUAACUCAAAAUUUUAAUCAUUCGGGACAGAAAAAAAGCAAUUCGAUUAUAAGACUAAAAUUAGAACUUUUCAGUAUCGUUAACGUUCAAUCACAUUGAAAUGCAUUUAGUUUUGCUCAAAUUAGUGCAACAGCUGCAGUUAUUUUUUUUUACUUUACUUUACUUACUCUAUUUCUAUACAACCGAAAAUUAUCUCUUAUGUUUAUUGAUUGUUACAGGUUAAUAGAAUUGAUUUAGAAUAAACUUAUUUGAUCAAGUAA